AUGUCGAGCGCAAUCAUGGCAACCGAGCUCACUGUCGAUGAGGCGAUCGCAGCUCUCUACCCAGAGGACGUCUACUCUUCUCCAUCCUCCUCCUCGAGCUUGUCGCCAGCUCACAGCCUAUCCUCUUCCUGCACAGUCAACCAACGUUCGCCCUUCUCAGACUCUGGCCCAACCCUCGCUUCCUCUCCCCCAAACUCCUUCAAGUCUCCCGCAGACACUUCGGGUGGGACAGAUUCCUCGUAUCUCACUCUUGCAUGCCCCAACGAAGCCCAGCUCUCCCGUCGCAUGUGGACGCAGGACGAGCAAGUCUGCUUCCUCGAGGCUCUCCCCAGGAAUGUGUCUGUGCGGCAGGUGACGGGGCUCAGAGAUGAGCGAGGGAGGCUGAGGGUGGGGCUGGGCAGAGGAGCAGCAAGGAGGAUUGCGGAAGCAGUGGGGACCAGGAGCGAGGCGCAGGUGCGGUCUCACGCUCAGAAGUUCUUCGAGCAGGCGGAGAGAGGGGGACGGGACUGGCGGGGCAGUCUGGGGAUGUAA